AUGAACACUGACAACACUGACGAUAACAUGAACUCUGACAACACUGACGAUAACAUGAACUCUGACAACACUGACGAUAACAUGAACUCUGACAACACUGACGAUAACAUGAACACUGACAACACUGACGAUAACAUGAACUCUGACAACACUGACGAUAACAUGAACUCUGACAACACUGACGAUAACAUGAACUCUGACAACACUGACGAUAACAUGAACUCUGACAACACUGACGAUAACAUGAACACUGACCAACACUGA